AUGCCACGGCUGCUCUUCUGGGUAUUCUCGAUCUUCGGCCUUUGGUCGAAUUUUUGGAGGUGCCGAGCGAUACUGUUGUACCCUCAGAAUACUUUGUGGCAGUUUACUCUGGGUAUUUCGAUGCCAGUGGCGAUGACGAAGAAGGGCGGUAUCGCCUUCUCCAUGGGAUAUCAACUCAACUUCGGUUUACCGUGGAAUGCGUCACAGUUCGAGCCGACGAUAAUUCCUGCGAGACAUAUAAGGGAUCUCGAUUUGCAAGAAACUUACAUCGCCAUUGAAGAUAUGUUGGACGAACACGGUUGGCGAGAUGGCAGGCAGUGCCUUUUGAGGACCAUUUGCGAGCUCGCAGAGACGCCUCUCCGCAGAGCCGAGCAGGACGUUCUAGAGGAAAUGAUUCACUUAAUUUUAACGCCCACGGAGGACUUGCCAGUAGCGAUUAAUUCCAGUCACCGGAGCGCCGACAAAUUGUAUCAGGAAGCCGAACAAUUGGGAAGGUCUGGCGGCGAUUGCAUCCUGACGUAUCCCGAUUGCAUCGAGUCACCCUUGAAAUUAUUUACAGAGAUUGUAUUUCCUUAA